AACCCUCUUUAAAGCACGAUAUACAAGGCGCAGGUGAGACAACAAAGGCAUUGUCCGUGUGCGGGCUGGGGAGCCGGGCUGUUUGUUUAGCCGGGGAGGUGGCCCCGGGCUCCCCCGCAGCCCGGGGAGGUGGCCCGGGGCUCACGCCUUUGUCGCCCGCCGGGGCGGGCCGGGAGCGGGGACUACAUGGCCCAGCGUGCCCCGCUGCGCGGAUCAAUGGGGCUGAUUUGAAUAAUCUGUGAGCCCUUGGACUCAGGCCAAUCAGCCGUCAGGGACCCAUGAUAAAUCGCAAUGCAUUAUUGAUAAUCAUAAUUACUCUGACAUGCGCAUUCCGCCCAAAUUUCCCAACUCUAGGAAUUUGUUGUGAAGAGGAAAAUAAUUGCUACUAUUGCAUGCUCCCGAUGCUGGUGCACCAUGUCGCGACGGAAGCAGGCGAAGCCCCAGCACAUCAACUCCGAGGAGCAGCCCCCAGAUGCUGCAAGUGGGAGUCCACAAGACGUCCCAGGUGAUAGAGAUGGUGAAAUGAGUUCCAAAAGGUGCCGCACGGAGGAAACCAAAAUCUGUGAGAAAUGCUGUGCAGAAUUCUUUGUUCUCUCUGAAUUCCUUGAGCAUAAGAAAAAUUGCACUAAAAAUCCACCUGUUCUAAUCAUGAAUGACAGUGAGGGGACAGUGCCCCCUGAGAGCUUCUCCGAGGCUUCUCUGGGGACCUUCCCGAGCGACCGAAUGGAUGGCAGGACACGUAAGGACAUUCAGGCCAAGGGCUGCACUGGCUCCACGGAAAAGAGAGAAGGAAAAAUGGAUGCUGAACCAGUAGGAGGAAUGUACCUUAAAAUAGAGCCUCCCCUGACGCCUGCAGCUCCCGGCCUGAGCUACCUACCAAAACCCAAAGUACCAAACACUAACGUGACUCUGCAGACCAUCCGUGGCACCAAAGUGGCCGUGAACCAGCGGACGUCCGACGCCAUCUCCUCCUCGGCAGCCGGGUUCAACGCCAUCCCCAUGAUCCUGGAGCAGCUGGUGUGCUUGCAGCAGCAGCAGCUCCAGCAGAUCCAGCUGACGGAGCAGAUCCGCAUCCAGAUUGCCAUGAUGGCUCCCCACGCCCUGCACCCCUCCAUAGCAGCUGCUACUGACCCGCUCAAAGCUCUGGGUGCCCACAUGUCCCAGCAGCUCUCGGCUGCUGUGGCCUUGAUCGGACAGAAAGCUGGAAGCCAGAGCCUAUCACUGGAAUCCUUGAAGCAAGGAAAACUACCUCAUUCUAACACUGGCAUUGCAGCUGCCAGCUCGCUGGCUGCUGGGCUCUCCUCCUCCUUCCCCCUGAAGCCAGACGGGAGCCGAGGCCUCCCCGGCUCCAUCUCUCAGUUCCCAAAUCCUUUGCUACCUCAGUCCUCCAGCUCGGUCAUCUUCCAGAACCCGCUUUCGGCCGUCUCGUCCGUGAUGGAUUCCUCCAAGAAGGGGAAGGGGAAACCCCCCAACAUCAGCGUGUCUGAAAGCAAGCCGAACGCAGAGGAGCCCUUCUUCAAACACAAGUGUAAGUUCUGUGGGAAGGUCUUUGGCAACGACAGUGCCCUGCAGAUCCACCUCCGCUCCCACACUGGGGAAAGACCCUACAAGUGUAACAUCUGUGGGAACCGCUUCACGACCAAAGGAAACCUUAAAGUGCAUUUUCAGCGUCACAAAGACAAGUACCCCCACAUAAAGAUGAAUCCUUACCCAGUUCCUGAGCACCUGGACAAUGUUCCUACCAGCACUGGAAUCCCGUACGGGAUGUCUGUGCCACUGGAUGAGUCCAACCUGAUUGUGGACAGCAAACCUCUCCUAACAACUCUGCCUACCUCUGUGGCCACCGGUGCACCUCAGACUAUCUCCAGCCUGGCAGGUAUCAAGGAGUCUCUGCCUGGUACCUUCUCAAGUGAGCUGCAGCCAAGGCCCUCUCCCGAAAGCGAGGGUGGCUCCUCCUCAUCGGGGGCAGUCGGUCACGAGUCGGGAACGGAGCAGAGCUUGAGCUCACCACAAGCUACCUGCAGCGUGAGCAUCUUCCACGUAAGUGGGUCAAAUGAGCAAGGCUCAGAGACAUCAAAGCUCCAGCAGCUGGUUGAAAAUAUCGACAAGUCCACCGCAGACCCCAACGAGUGCCUGAUCUGUCACAGAGUGCUGAGCUGCCAGAGUUCGCUCAAAAUGCAUUACCGCACCCACACCGGGGAGAGGCCGUUCAAGUGCAAGAUCUGUGGCCGUGCCUUCUCCACUAAGGGGAACCUUAAAACUCACUAUGGUGUCCACCGGGCCAACACCCCCUUGAAGAUGCAGCACUCGUGUCCGAUUUGCCAGAAGAAGUUUACGAACGCCGUGGUGCUGCAGCAGCACAUCCGCAUGCACAUGGGCGGGCAGAUCCCCAACACCCCGAUGCCGGAACCGCCCUGCGACGGCGCCGAGCUGGAUCCUGCCGUGCCUGACAAGAACGGAGACGUCGGUCGCCAGGAGGAGAUCGUGGAAAGCAUCGACAUGGAAGAUGACGUGGACUCUCAGGACGGCCCCAGGAGUUCUUCCAAACCUCCCACUCCGUAUGAUGCACAAUCAGAGUCGCCCGCCGCGGCCUCCGCCUUCUCGGGGGUUACAGCACUGGAGAAUCAGAUGAAGAUUGUCACCUCCUCUCUGAAUUUGCAGCGGCAGAGCAGUCUGAAGUCCAGUGACAACGGCUCAGCAGAAAGCGAUGGCAUGACCAACGACUCGUCCUCGGUGGCAGGAGAUGCCGACUACCAGAACGGCAGGAGCCCCGCCGCCUCCGAGGCUGCAUCCCUGCAGGCGCUGUCCCCGGCCAACAGCCAGGCUGAGAGCGUCAGGUCAAAGUCUCCUGCCUUCAACAACCCGGAGGAUUCAGGCACGGGGAAUAAAUCAGAGGGUCCCGAGAGCGCUCCUGCAGAAAUGGAAGGGGUUGUCGGAGCUUUGGAUUUAACGUACGGCAAUAUUGGUCGGAAGGUCAUUAAAGAAGAGCCUGGGCUCCAGUUUGCGAAUGGAGAGUAUGGUCGAAGCGGUAUUCCAGCUGCUUUUGUCAGAGCCCCACCAGCCCUGAUAAAAAUGGAGCUGCCCAGCGAUCGUCCCCUCAGCACUGGCCACUUCAUUGGCCCUCCAGCUCUGUCCCCUGGGGUCACCCCUCUCCUGGUGCCACGGCCCAAGUUCUGCCGUCCUGCCAAACAGCACAUCUGCACUACCUGUGGCAAGAACUUCUCCUCUGCCAGCGCCCUGCAGAUCCACGAGCGCACCCACACCGGGGAGAAGCCCUUUGCCUGCACCAUCUGUGGGAGAGCCUUCACCACCAAAGGAAACCUCAAGGUCCACGUAGGAACCCACAUGUGGAACAACUCGGCCAGGCGGGGCAGGCGGCUGUCCAUCGACAACCCCAUGGCCCUGCUGGGGAAUGACCCCAAGAAGGUGUCCGAGAUGUUCCCCAAGGAGAUGGUGGCCCCCUCGGUGAGCAUCGACCCCGCCGUGUGGAGCCAGUACGCGGCCGUGCUCAGCAACGGGCUGGCCGUGAAGAACAACGAGAUCUCGGUGAUCCAGAGCGGGGCCCUGCCCGUGCCCCUGCCCGGGGGCUCGCCCGUGAACUCUGCCCCGGCCUCCAAGGUGGACACGGCCCAGGCUGGCGCCGCCUCUGACGCGGAGAAGGCUGCUGGUGCUGCCGCAGACAGUGUGCCAAAACACCAGUUCCCCCUCUUCCUGGAGGAGAACAAAAUCGCCGUCAGCUAA